AUGCCACCAGUUCCUCCGAACCCAGUGCCGUCAUGGAACCCCAGGAUCGUUUGUUACUUCCAGACAUAUCAUCAUAACAAUGAAUACAUCUCACUGCUCCCUUUGAUCGAACAUCCAUCGGGGAUCACCCAUGUCAUCUUGGCAGCCAUUCACGUGAAUUGGGACCCUAAUAACCUCACUUUGAACGACGAUUCACCAGAGCAUGAGAAGUACACGCAACUGUGGGACGAAGUACUUGUGCUCCAGGACUCAGGGAUUAAAGUCCUUGGUAUGCUAGGAGGUGCAGCCAAGGGGUCAUUCGCGCGACUUGACUACAGCGAGUCACGCACUGAUGUGCCGAUAGCUCGCUUCGAGGCGUACUAUGCUCCGUUGCGAGAUAUGAUCCGGAGGUACAGUCUCGACGGGCUCGAUCUGGAUGUGGAGGAGGAGACGUCUCUCGUGGGCAUUAUUCACCUCAUCGAUAGGCUCAGAGCGGACUUUGGAAACGACUUUAUCAUCACCCUGGCACCAGUAGCUACUGCCCUAAUGGCUGGACGGCGGCACCUCUCAGGCUUUGAUUACCGCCUACUGGAAGAGGCCAGAGGCAGCAGUAUUGCGUGGUACAAUGCACAGUUCUACAAUGGCUGGGGCGGAUUGCACAACACGGACGCCUACGACGAGAUCAUCCGCAAUGGAUGGCCUGCACAGAAAGUGGUUGCAGGCAUGCUCACGCAUCCCAAGCAUGGAGGGAGUGGGUACGUUCCGCUCGAACUCACUGCGGCGGUCAUGAGUCUUCUGGUGGAGAAGUAUCCACAUUUUGGAGGUGUCAUGGGCUGGGAAUAUUGGGAUGCGCUGCCACAAGAGGAGAACUGUUGGAUGUGGCCUUUUUGCAUGUCUCUGUGUCUUGGUAUGAAGAAACUUAGAGAUGCAGCUUUGAUCGUGCGGAUGGGAAGAAGCUUGGCCAACAUCAACGUUAGAUAG